UGAUGGUGAGACGAACGAGCGAGCGAGCGAGAGAGCGAGAGAGAGAGAAAGAAAGUGAAUGAGAGAGAGAGGGAGAGAGAGAGAGAGAGCGAGAAAAACGGAUGGAAUGAAAAGGCAGUCAGGUUAGCCGUGCGACGGUGGGAGAGGCCAGGGACGAGGCAAGGCAAGCGAUUUAGCUGCUGCUGGUUCGGCGAGCCCACGAGUUGGAGUGCCGUGAGAGUAGCCGAGGUCCUGUUGGCCGUGCCUGCAGCGGGAGAGGCGUCAUGAAAGCGCGCCAGUUGACCGAGUGCACCUCAGCUCGGACGAAAUCGCGUAUUUGUCGUCGUUGAAGCUACCUUGCCUCUCGAUUUUUGCUUUCGUGGCAAGGAUUCGACUCGUGGGCCUGCUGCUCCUGGCUGUCACGAGUCCCCUUCGCUCCGUAUAGUCUUGUUUCACAGUGCGGAAUCUCGUUUUGCUGGUUGCUAGUUCGUUUUCACGCAGCAAGAAUCCGGGAUACGGCGACGGAUGUGUGUCGGUCGACGAUGAAACGUAUUCGAUUUCGUUAUUCCCAAGUCGUGUAUACUCGUUUCGCAGAGAAUUUCAUCGUUUAACAGUGUGUGGUGCGUGUUGUGCGCGACGGAUUGAUCACGUAUGUUUUGGUCUACCUUUGACAUCGACGCCCGUCAAGUUGGCGAAGCAGGACAACAGGUUCCUGUCCGACAAAGAAAAGAGGACGUACGUGCGAUGGUUUUCGCGGUUUUCUCGUUUUCCUACGAUAUUCCUUGGAUACCUAUAUCGAACAGUAGUUGUUAUUGACAUAUUGAUUUUGUUGGUACGGUACGCUCGUGUUCUUUGACACGUCGUGAAUCGAGUUGAAUCGGAAAAAAUAUGAAAACUCGUUUAUAUCAAUCAGCAGGACACGCCUAUAUCGAACGAAAGUAUAAAACAUUCUUUGAGUUUCACAUUUGAUAACCACUCGACACCGUUGCCUAGCUGUGGCGUCUUUCACCUUGACGUUGAAACAUUGAACGUACUGCCACGUUUCGGCUGAUAUUCUCAUCAUCGACCGGAAUCGAGAGUGACAACCGCGUGAAAUUAACCAAACGAUUUUGAUUCGUUCUAACGAUUCGUUCUCUAACGAUCGUAUCUUCGAUCACAGCAACAUACGCGGAAACGUUUCCCUAUCGAAUUUCGAAAAAAUUCCCAUUUUUCAUACGUCUUGGAUUUAAUUAAUUUCAUUUGGAAAUACGAUUCGACUCGAAAUAGAAAAAGUGCGUGAUAAGGAGAGAAACGAAGUCACGCUGGACUGGCUCGAAGAUCGAUUCAAAUUCAUUCGGCGUUCUGUGACGUUCGUUAUUUACAUAAUUGUACGACGUUAACGCAAGUUGUUUGGUAAACGAGAAGGGAAACGCGAUAGCAGAAACAAGCUAAAUAAUUUUAGCGAUUCAUAUUUUCAUAUCGUUAGCAUUUUCUUUUCACAAAGUGAAAUUACCUCGUCGUACAUUCCAUUUACUUUUAAAAGAAAGUAUUCGAUAGAAGAAAGCGUAAAAAUAAACAUCCUGAUUUUAAUAAAAAUUCAUAACCGAAUAAUACCUUUUUGUUGAAAAAAAAAAAGAAAAGGAAAAAGGAGAAAGAGAGGAAGGAAAAUAUCAAAGGAAAUUACAGGAUAUCGGAGAAAAUUCGUUUGUUUCGAGCAACUAGAUCGAUAGCGAAUAUCGAGACAAUCUCACGAUUAAUAACGGCGACACCUCAGAUUUUGUAACGCUCGGUUCGUUACGUUGUCGUUGUCUCGGAUGCAGAGGGUAGCAUCCCUCCGGGUCGUUAUUCCAUUGCACGCGCCGAAGGGCUCGGAACGAGAAGCAAUAGGAGCGCGGCGAGGAAGAAGAGGAGGAAGAAGAGCAGGAGGAGGAGGAGGAGGAGGAGGAGCAGGAGAAGGAAGAAGAGGAGAAGAAGGAUGAGGCGGAGUGUUAUCUAGUUGGAACUGUUUCACGUUGCACGUUUCUCGAAGAGAAGAAACGAUAGUGCACGAUCUCGUUAUCGAACGUUACAUGCCUGUUGCCGUGUGUGGUUCGUGCUAAUUCGAUCGGUCGUUUCGUCGAAACGGCAUGCCGUUGACGCGAUCGUGGUUCGCCGAUUUUCUAACUCGACGUUUCAUUCUCUUGGAUUUGUAAACGAAUCCUAGAACUUGACAAAGUAGGAAGGACAGAGAAGAGAGGUGGUUGCUGGUUAAUCCAAAGUUAUCUUAUAUAGCGCGGAGAGACGAGGCAAUCCGUUCGUGAUAGACAAUUUGGCCGGAUGUUGAUUAGAAAAGAUUCGGUUAACCGCGUAACGAUCGUUGUAAAGCGAACGAUAGAAAAUGUAUGGAAAAUAGUGGAGCCAAGAGGCAAGAGCCAAGAGGCAAGAAAGCCAAGAGGCACGGAUUCGUGACACACGGCGACACGUGGUUGUCGUGUACCGUUUGCAACGUUCCUACCUAUAGCGUGUAGAGCGAGCUAGCCGGAACAACGACAGAGGGGCGAGGACAGAAGGAGAGGAGCGUUCCGGUUAGUCAAACUCGAGUCAGCUUGCCGAUGGAUAUGGCAGCUGUCGUUCCCCUGGUUUUUCCACGAUUCCAUCUCGCUCGACAAGCCUAUCGUCGGCAUCGUGCUACCCGCGAAUCGAGCGAACAGGUAUCGUCGCAAGGUGUUGUUGUCCAGGCUGGGAUACGCGAUUCCUCGUGAUAGCAGGUACGCGGUUUGCGAAUCGCGGCAAUUCACAGUGCGUCGUCGAUCGAUCGACAGACACCACGCGAGCGUUCCUCGCGCGCAUUCUUAGUGACGGCCAAAGUGUUUGCCGACAGUGUGCGUGAUAUCGUGAGUUUCGGUGAAUCGAUCGUCGCUUGCAAGUAGGCCAGAGGAGAAGAGAAAGGGGGAGAAUACCGUCGAUCGAAAGAAGAAAGCUUCGAACUACGAACGGAAGAUCGAGAAUCGCGCGUAAUUCUAUAUAUAUAUAUAUAUAUCGAUAACUGUGCUCUAUGAUUUCGUUAAGGAUGAAGGACGUGGCCGUCGAUUCUCCGCGACCGAUUUCCAGGCUACGCGGCAACCUUCUUCUGCUUCUGACGUUACUCGCAGAGGUCACGUAUUCGGCGGAUCUCGCGAUUGAGAUACCAGGAAACUUGAGUCAAGGCGGUUCCUGGUAUCGUUUGGACUACAGUCCUGCCGUUGGUUAUCCGCCACCGAAUACCACCAUAGCCGCUACCGACAUCGGUGAUGUGAUCAAAUUCAAGGACGGACUUCCUGGCACUAGAUACGAAUUUUGGUUAUACUAUAGCAAUAGCACGCUUCACGAUUGGCUGACAUGGACUGCGUCGAUAACCACAGCGCCGGAUCCGCCAUCGAACCUCACGGUCUCGGUGCGAAAUGGAAAGACGGCGAUAGUUUAUUGGUCGCCACCAGCCCAAGGCAAUUAUUCCGGUUUUCGGUUAAGGGUGCAAAGUUUCAGCGAUACCGGAAAUCCAAAAACCAGCGUCAUUCCUGCGGACGCGGUUCCCUACGUGCUACGUGAUCUCAUCCCUGGGGCUACGUAUUCUCUUCAGCUUUUCACCGUAUUAGACACCAAAGAAAGCGUGGCGUACACCAGCAGGAAUUUCACCACCAAACCCAACACACCGGGCAAGUUUAUCGUGUGGUUUAGAAACGAGACGACUUUGCUAGUUCUCUGGCAACCGCCCUAUCCUGCCGGCAUUUACACCCAUUACAAAGUUAGUAUAGAUCCCGCUGAUGCCAUAGAAUCCGUUCUUUACGUGGAGAAAGAAGGAGAACCUCCUGGGCCUGCACAGGCUGCUUUCAAAGGACUCGUCCCUGGCAGAGCUUACAAUAUUUCGGUUCAAACGGUGUCGGAGGACGAAACCUCCGCUCCCACGACUGCACAGUAUCGAACGGUGCCAUUACGUCCCCUCAACGUUACGUUCGACAAGUCUUCCAUAACGUCCAAUUCCUUUCGCGUUUUCUGGAAUCGCCCCGAAGGAAACUCGGAAUUCGACAAGUAUCAGAUAUCUUUGGGAGGUAACAGAAGACUAGCGCCGGUUACCAGGAACAGAGACGACGAGAGCAAAUGGGAAUUUAAAGAUUUAGAGCCGGGCAAAACUUACCAGGUGGUUGUGAAGACAGUCUCAGGCAAGGUUACCAGUUGGCCAGCUAACGGAGACGUUACUCUAAAACCGUUGCCCGUGCGGGAUCUUCGCACUGUCAUCGACGAAAAAACCGGCAUGGUCGAAGUUUCUUGGCAUCCUGAAAAUUCAAGUACUCAGGAUAGCUAUAAGCUUCAGUAUCACGAAGUGGAAACCACGAUCGGCGGCGAUAGCAAUAUGUUAACAACUGAUAAGACCAAGGUUACGUUAGAAGCUUUAUUACCCGGCAGAAACUAUUCGAUAAUCGUUCAGGCGAUUAGUAAUAAAAUCGAAUCAAACGAGACUGUGUUGUACCAAGUCACACGACCCUCGAGUCCCAUAAUCGAGGAUUUGAGGCCAACCGAGAUGGGAUUGAAUAUCUCGUGGAAGAGCGACGUUAAUUCGAGACAGGAGAAAUUUGAAGUAACGCACAAUAGGAACGACACUGGGGAGAGCGCGACUACGUUAACCACGGAAUCUCAUAUAGUUCUGGAAGACCUUUAUCCUGGUGCAGCGUACGAAGUUAAAGUUUUCGCCAUUAGUCACGGUCUAAGGAGCGAACCACACGAUUAUCUUCAAGCCGUUUUGCCACACCCACCAAAGAAUUUAAGUAUCGAGAAGGUAACGAGCAACACGGUUGUCGUGCAUUGGGAGGCGCCAACCGAUUCGCUGUAUUCCGAAUUUUCGAUACGAUAUCGAACGGAGGAUGAUCCAAGAUGGGUAAAAUUGCCCAGUGUUCGAGAAACGGAAGCGGAAGUGGCGGAUAUGACGCCAGGAGAGAAAUACACGAUUCAAGUGAAUACCGUGAGUUACGGAGUCGAAAGUCUCUAUCCCCUUCAAGUGAAUCAUACAGUUCGACCGAAUCCGGUACUUAACAUCGCUCCGAUCAUCGAUUCGACGAACGUGACUCUCGAAUGGCCAAGACCAGAGGGUAGAAUCGAAACUUACGUGAUAAGAUGGUGGCCAGUCAAAAACCCUCAAGACGUACGCAGCAAAAAUGUCACGGAGAGUAACGACGUGACCAGCGUUCUUUUCGAAGAAAAUUCAGUGCAAAGGGUGCUUGUUAGCGAUCUGAUGCCAGGUGUUCAAUAUUCCUUUGUAAUCUACACGGUCUCUUAUAAUCUAUUCAGCGAUAUCACCAAUCUAACAACUAGAACAAUGCCGCUGAUCCAAUCGGAGGUGGUUGUGGUGGUCGAUCAGGAUCAGCCCGACUCGUUAACAUUGAGAUACACACGGACCCCCGUUCAGUCAUCCAAGUUCGAUUUGUAUCGAUUUCGGAUCAGCGACGAGAACAACACGACGAAGGAGCGGAUGGUCGACGACAUAGACACCAAGGUGACGUUCACGGGCCUUAUACCUGGUAAACUAUACAACGUCACGGUAUGGACUGUCAGCGAUAACGUGGAGAGCAGACCUUUGCUUAGGCAGGAUCGACUUUAUCCCGAACCAGUCACAUCCAUUCAAGCGGUAGAGGUGAACGAUACAAGAAUUACGUUAACCUGGGAUAUUCCGCGUGGACAGUACGACGCUUUCGAAGUUCAAUAUAUAAACACCGAGGAAAAUUAUAUUCAAAAUGUCACGAGCACGAAUAUAAUAACCAUCUCCGAUUUGAAGCCGCACAGAAAUUAUACUUUUACGUUGGUAGUACGUUCCGGUACGGCGUCCUCUUAUUUGAGAAUAUCGAAUCCUGUGAGCGCAAGUUUUACAACAAACGAAUCUUAUCCUGGCAAGGUGGAAAAGUUUCAUCCUACGGAUAUUCAGCCUAGUGAUAUUAGUUUCGAGUGGUCGUUACCUAGUCAGGAACAAAAUGGAAUCAUUAGAAAAUAUACAAUCACGUAUGGGCUGGAGGGUUCGACUCACACUCAAAUGCAAGACUUUAAGCCGAACGAGUAUCGCGGUAUCGUCAAGUCUCUGAUACCUGGAAAGACGUACAUCUUUCGGAUUCAAGCGCAAACGAGGAUCGGCUUUGGUCCCGAAGCGGUGUGGAAGCAGAAAAUGCCGAUUCUGGCACCGCCGAAACCCUCCACCCAAGUAGUGCCGACCGAAGUGUGCAGGAGCAGUACCACGAUACAAAUACGAUUCCGUAAGAACUAUUUCAGCGAGCAGAAUGGCGCGGUUACGUCUUACACGAUCAUCGUGGCCGAAGAUGACAGCAAGAACGCCUCUGGUUUGGAAAUGCCCAGCUGGAGGGAUGUCCAGGCGUACAGCAUCUGGCCACCGUAUCAGGUGAUGGAACCUUACUAUCCUUUCAAAAACGGCUCCGUGGAGGAUUUCACGAUCGGUAGCGAGAAUUGCGACAACAAGAUCGGAUACUGUAACGGGCCGUUGAAGUCUGGAUCCACGUACAGAGUAAAAGUUCGAGCGUUCACCGCGCCGGACAAAUUCACGGACACCAGUUACAGUUUUCCAAUUCAAACAGGAUUGCUGCUGGCAGAUAAGGACAAUACGGCUAUCAUAGUUGGAGUCACGGUUCCAAUAGUACUCUUAUUGACCUUAUUGGGCAUUGGAUUGCUGGUGAGGCGAAGAAGAAGUCAAGGACGUAAAACGACCGAAACGAGGACCACCGACAACUUGUCUUUGCCAGAUAGCGUGAUCGAUACUAGUCGGCCAAUUAAGAUAGAAGAUUUUUCGGAACAUUAUCGCACGAUGUCGGCGGAUUCUGAUUUCCGUUUUUCGGAAGAAUUCGAAGAACUGAAGCACGUCGGAAGAGACCAACCGUGCACAGCCGCAGAUUUACCGUGCAACAGGCCAAAGAAUCGUUUCACAAAUAUUUUACCUUACGAUCACAGCAGAUUUAAGCUGCAACCUGUAGACGACGAAGAGGGUUCUGAUUAUAUUAACGCCAAUUACGUUCCCGGUCACAAUUCUCCAAGAGAAUUUAUCGUCACGCAAGGACCUUUACACUCGACUCGCGACGAUUUCUGGAGAAUGGUGUGGGAAAGUAACAGCAGAGCCAUCGUAAUGUUAACAAGGUGUAUCGAAAAGGGCAGAGAAAAAUGCGAUCACUAUUGGCCUAUGGAUACCCAUCCCGUUUAUUACGGAGACAUUUGCGUCACGAUAUUGAACGAAACGCAUUACCCUGAUUGGAGUAUCACGGAAUUCAUGUUGUGCAGAGGAGACGUGAAGAGGGUCAUUCAGCACUUCCAUUUCACAACGUGGCCAGACUUUGGUGUUCCAAGUCCGCCUCAAACGUUAGCCAGAUUCGUUCGGGCGUUCAGAGAGAGAGUUAGGCCGGAUCAAAGGCCUAUCGUCGUCCAUUGCAGCGCAGGGGUUGGUCGCAGUGGUACGUUCAUCACCUUGGACAGAAUACUUCAACAGAUUUUGGUAUCGAAGUACGUCGAUAUCUUUGGAAUAGUCUGGGCAAUGAGAAAGGAGCGUGUUUGGAUGGUGCAAACGGAACAACAGUACAUUUGUAUACAUCAGUGUCUUCUGGCGGUGCUGGAAGGUCAAGAUAUGACAGGGCCACCACGGGAGAUUCACGACAACCAAGGUUUCGAAGGCAAGAAUCGAAGCUCCGUUGAAAACACAAAGAGUUCCGCCGAGGAUGAAAAGGAAAGGUGACCCUCGAACUGCGAUUCCGGCGUCGAUGACGACGAAGGAAUAGCAGAAUCAGGAAUGUGAUGUUCGGAUACCUCGUCUCAUGCAGGAACACGAGGAUAUUUUAGAGGUAUCUCGAAGAGGUGCGGCGCACCGUACGAAGAAUAGUAUUACGAUGAUACACGUACGUAGCGUGUUAUCUAAAGCGCGAAAAUGGCAAUGAAAGCGAGAGUGUUUGAGCGAAGAAUAAUGGUCGACCGGAUGGUUUUCGUUCGGUUCGUUUCGAUCGAUAGUCGAUAGUUGUGAAAGUUAAUUCGGUAAUAUGAUAGCACGAAGCCAUACGAUGCUUGUAAACGUGCUCUAAAGAAGAAAACCGAUUAAUCAGCGCUGGACGUUAAAAGAAGGAUGAUGCGCGUUUCCUUCUUUAGCGACGACUUGCGACUUGCGACUUGCGACUUGCGAAUGGCAAAUCCGUUUAUAUCGCAUAAACGGUCAAUCGCACGUUUACGUUCAACUUUCACGAUGAGAACAGAACGUUGGUCGACCGAACGAAAGUAUCAACGAUUCGAUGUCACUGAUGUUUCGCUUAAUCGAUCGAUGCGAAGGAAAACGUUAUUCCUAUUUCUCGCGUGGUAGACGACGAUGUACGACGAGGAAUUUCGUUUCUUAAGCAAGACGAUGGAAGACGUUGAAAGCAACUAGCCGAGGAAUCGAAUUACGAUGACCGAGGUCGAAAAUGGGCAAUGAAACGGACGCUGAAAGAAAGGGCCGCUUUAACGAACGACGAUGGAAUUCUCUGAAAUGUUUCAGACGUAGAUAAUUCGUAACGCGCAUAGAAAAUUCGAUCGAAGGCAGCUGUAUGGCAGCGUAUAGCUUUAAAGAUGGUUCGUUUUCUCGAAACAUACUAAAUCGAAAGUAGACUAAAAGAGAAUAGAAAAUGCAGCAACGAUGGUGUUAUUUUUCAUGACGUUUCAUGUUUAAAGACGGUAUGUUUCGGCAACAAGUAUUCGCAACGAGAGAACGUACGACGAGGUAGCAUCGUAAUGAAUUCUUACGGAUCGCAACGUACGUUCUUCGAUCGUUGAUCUGUCUCACCGUGUAAAUAUAAAUCGAUGUUUUAUUUUCCACUUAAUUAGACGAUUUUGACGUAUUCGAUCUCGAUGUCUCGCCGAGAGAAUGUUUCUGCCUCGAUUUUCAUGUCGACGCGAUCGUUCGUCGAUGCUCGUGUUUAGGUACCUAUCGCGAUGUAGAUAAGUCCAGGUUGCAUAUCUUAAGGAUCGUAAGAUGCGUAUCCCGCAUUGGGUUGCCACCGUUUCGAUCGAGACGUUCGGUUCGCGACAAAUCGACUUUCGUAAGAAAGAUGACGAAUGCUGGAAAACCCUGAUAAAUCCUACGUUCUUUUCGUUCGUUUAUAUCUUUUAUCGACGGAUUCCACUUAUUAUUAAAUUUUAUUUUUACUUUAUUCCGCGUAUAAUUAGAUAAAAUAGUAGAUCUCUCUCUAUGUAAUUAUCGCUUUUAUAGAAAUACGUAGAUUCGUCGUUUACGAGUCGUAACAUCUAAUCGAAAGAUCAAUUUUUCCAAAGUAUUUUUACGAAUUUUCAAUCUUAUUUUCGAACGAACGUACGUUUAUUUAACAUUUAAAUAUUCUCGUAUUUUGUUUUGUUUUUUUUUCUUUUUCGUUUUUAUUUCUUUCCACUUGUAUAAAUUAUUCUCCGUUGAUUAAUAAACUUUUACUAUUAUUUAUCUACACGCGCUUUAAGACGAUCAAAUCUUUUGCUUGUUUCUCCAACAUAAAAAUUCUAAAAUUACGUUGUAAAUUUAAACACGACUUGUUGGGAACCCGACGAGAAUUGGCUCUGCGAACAACGAUUGCCGAUUCGAAUCGUGAGUGGCAACUAUCCGUCCAAGGGCUGUAGUAGAGACGCAAAUUAAACGUAAAACGUUACCUAGAAUGAAAAAAAAAGGGAAGGUCAGAAACGCGAGAGAGAAGAACGAUUUCCUUUUUUUCCAUGAUAGGUAAAAGACACGUCAGUGGGAACAAGAAACUCGCAUCUUCGUAGAAAUCAUAUCACUUUUCACAAGAAUCAUUCGACGAUCCGUAUAAUAUACGUAUUUACUUAUUAACAGUCGAUUCGAAACGACGAUCGCGAUAUCGUUCUCGAGUUAAUUAUAGCGUAGAUCGUUCGUUCUUUGACAUCGUCGUCAACGUCUCGUGCCGUUUAUCAUUAAUGUGAGACUAAUUCGUCGAAAGAAAAGAAGGAAAAGAAUGAAAAGAAAGAGAAGAAAGAAAAGAAAAGAAAGGAAAGGAAAGGAAAGGAAAGGAAAGGAAAAGAAAGGAAAGAAGUAAACCAAACGACCAUCGAACUGUGAACAAGUCUCUUCUAUGCGAGAGUUUCAAGAACAAAAUUUUAUACAAUUUAGACGAUUAAUAGGACUACGAUUUAGAGAAUAUCAACAGCCAAAUGUCCGAGGAACAAAGUCAAAUUUAUGACUCGUUAUUAAUUUCACUUACCAUCGAACUGAAUGGAAAUGAGAACGCAUUAGGCGUAGUAACAAGUACAUUUACUUACUUAUUUCUAAAAGGAUCGCCAAGUAUUAUUAGUUUUAUACGAUCAUUCGUCUGAUCAAAGACUAACCUAUUUAUCCUGUUUCUUUAUACAUGUACGUAUACCUUUCGUUAUACGUCAAUUCAAGCGUAUUUCACGUAUUUCGUAUCCUUUUUUAACGAUUCUUAUAAUAUUUUUCGAUAUUAGCGAUAGAAGAUGCUUAGCUACUAGUAACGAUCGAGUAAGUAGCAAACGUUGAACGACGACGAGUUUAAAGGUAGAGUACUUAGAGUGGGAUUUGCUCGAUGCUACAAAGUCGUGUACUUAAUUUUCUAUUUACAGGUGAGGCAAAAGUAGGCGCGAUCGGUAAAUUUUUAGAUGUUUAAGAGCAACAGGGAAGUCGAUUACCUGCUUUCCCCGUAAUGAUUUCCCCGUAAUGAUUUGCCCGUAAUGAUUUCCCCGUAAUGGUUUCCCCGUAAUGGUUUCCCCGUAAUGGUUUUCCCGUAAUGGUUUCCCCGUAACGGAGAAAGAAAAGAACCGACAAAGGGAUUGAAAUUCACUGCCCAUAUGUAUUUUUGGAGAAACAUUUUUAUAUCGCCUAAGCACAUGCAUACGUAGAACGAUUCGUAAAACACGUGAUCGUACUUGUAUCAGAGAGAAAAAUGUCCGAUCGAGUCGAUGUUCUUUUAUCGAUCGGUUGGUGGGCCCUCGAUGUUUUACAUUUUUCUAUCUUUAAAUUUCGCGUAAAUGCCCGUAACUUAAAUAACAUGGAAAUUCUUUAUCGCGUGAACGGAAUACAAAUAGUAGAGAAGUACUUUAAAAUCGUAUAAUUUAAUACAACUUGCACGAUAACUUAUCGACUGAUAAUAUUGAUAAACCGUUGUAAAUAACAACGAGUUAACGAUUACCAUCCGAUCUGCUUUAUCGUUAAAUAUAACCACAGGUUAUAGAUUUUCUACGAUUUUGCAAUUUACGUCACAUAGAAUAAAAAUGUAAUAGCGUAAAAUUUCAUUUCUCUCUUUACCAAAUUUGUUACUGCGAUGAAAGAGGCUUUAUCGGUAUCGACCAUUUGUUGUAGCAUUCGACUCGUUAAAUUUCGUUAAUAGCGUUGAUUGAAUCGCGCGAGAAGCUCCUGAAUCGUAAGUCGUGUACUAUACGCCGAUAUCGGUUGACCGUUGAUCGAGAAAAUUGCCAAUUGAUUGCCAAAUGCGUUAGAGUAUUACAAGGUGAUAAGACUAACGUAUACAUAUAUAGUCGAAUCUUAUUCCGAGCUUGUCUCCUUUGUAACAAACAUUUCGUCGCUUCGAAUAUCCUGAGAUGUCGUAAAUAGAAUUAUACUCGCUUAUAUUUAGCAAACGAAAAAACAGACUGACACGCGUAGGCUAACAGAUCGAUAAAGAAGAGAUCGAUCGGACAACUGCAGUUUCCAAUCCAUCGAACUUACUUCUUUGCUAUACGUAUUGUAUAUUUAUAACACUACGCUGUACAUUUGCGCGCAUAUAUUAUCAACCGUAUCGUCGAUGUUUCUCGCGUAGGUGAAUAAUCGUCGAGUAUCGAUUAUUCAGAUCGAUUUUUCAGUUUCAACGUUUUGAUCGACGGAUCUUAUUUAAUACGAUCACGGGAAUAAGAAAUAAUUUUACGAUGUAUAUGUCUUUUCUUUUCUUAAAUCUAGAAACUAAUGCAAUUCUGUUGAUCGUAAGAUGCAGGUUCUAUAACGCGUUUCGAUCGGGGUUUCCUCGUUGAAAAAGUACUUGGAUACUUUUAACAGAUGCUCGUAAAGUCAUCGAUUUACCACGAUCGUAGAUAAUUUUCAGUAAAAUUUAUCGAUCGAUGUUUAAACGAACCUUUCCCAUUUUUAUAAGUAUGCUGUCAUUAAAUUUCGCUCUCUGUCUGUUUCUCUCUCCCCCCCUCCCCCUCCCUGCCCCUCUCUCUAGGCCUUGUUUCUUAUGGGAACAUUAUAAUUUUCACGUUUCGGUAAAAUUUUUAUGUGAUAACGUUAUCGAUAUACAGAGCAGUCUUCGUGUAAAUAUGGUAAGAUAAAAAUCGAAGCAAAGGAUAUUGUUUUGUUUCUUCUUAGGAUAUCGGAAAACCUGUAACGUAAUAAUUAUUAACGUAAAAGUAUAACGUAACAAAUUGCGAAUAAAUCAAUUUUGCUAAUAAUAUUUUACUGCUUUUACGUUGGAAUAAAUUUACAAAUCUUCGUCGUUAUCGAAUCCUGUAUCGUUAAUAUGACUUGAGUUAGGUCGCAUUUAACCCGAUAACAAAGGAAAACGGAUCGUAAUCUUUGCGAACUGAUUGAAAUUCGGUUUCCAUCGAAACGUGCGCAUAUUCGCGUAAAAUUGUCCAUUAUACGUGCAAAAAAUUAGUUAGGCAAUUGUUUGCAAAAUAAAUUUGAUUAACUUGUACAGUAAUUAUUAUACGCAAUCUUUUAUUAAAGAUUAUAUUGGCUAUAUGUAUGUAUGUAUGUAUGUAUGUAUGUAUGUAUGUAUGUAUGUAUGUACAUAUAUAUUUGCACUCCGAUUCAAAGGAGACAUCGUAUCGCUUGUGGAAAAGAUUACACGCUUCGUUACUGUUAACAAUUUCAAAGUAAAUGUCGGUGUACUGCUUUUAUUGGAUCAGCUUGGGAAAAGUGGUGAAUCGGUUUCAUCCGUUCAGGUUGUCGGUAUAUUUGCAACGUGAUGCACGAGCAAUUGAAAAAUUCGGUCAUUGUCCGUGCAAGUGUGUAGAUAACACCGUCGCAAUGUAAUAUAAGAACGACGCAUGUAUAUGUGGUAAGCUCUCGAUUACUCUAUAAAGCUAAAGCGUUUAGCGUUUCGUUAUUGUAUUGCGUUACAUUGUAUUAUUUUUGUACGAGAGAAAUAAGGAGAAAUCGUUGGAUAAAUUUUGUCUGUUUUUAACAAAGCAUCGUAUUAGAAAUAUUCUCUUUUACCGGCUGUUUUACCGUUUCAAAAAUAUCAAAAUGUAAAUACCGCGCUUUCUACGUGAAAAUAUGCAACUUCAUUUUUAUUCGUCGUAAUUGAUAUUUUCGCUUAAAUAGAUUUACUUGUAAAAGGACAAAAUUUAUCGAACGAUUCGACGAAAAUAAAUCAGAAUUUCAUUGGAACAAAAUUCAUAGACCCGUCAAAUAUUUCUAUAUACUGAGAUUAAUUAGAGGAUCGACGCUACGAGAUGUAAGUUUUUCGAAACAUCUGGUAGCGAUAUUUCCAAGACAUAUCACGACAGGUAAGAAAGGAGAGCGGUACUGGCCGUCGAUCGAAUUGAAAUUAUUUUCGUUUUUACGGUGCUCGAUUCCAAUGUUUAGAAUCUCCGUCGGAAGAAAGUAUUUUUCUCGAUGUAUCAUCGAUAUGUUCGCUGUUCGUACACGAUUGGUCAAGAGACACCAGCUAAUCGUUAAGAAGAUCGAGCACACGGAUAUCUGGUCGUUAAUACGAUGAAUGCGUUAUUCUGUGAUAAAUCGUAACUGUCGGCCGAGUAUGCAAGAUUCUAUGGACGUGAGUUGGAAAGAUGUUUUCGUUUACACGGAUGAUUAAUUACAAAUAAUGUUCGAUCGAUCAUCGAUUCGUGCCAAUUAAUUUUUAGUCGAUCGAUAAAUAUCCAAGUGUACGGUGUGAGAGAAAUAUGAUGCGAUAACGCGCAUUAUCACUGCUGUACAUAGUAUGAUAAUUAAGGAUGGAAAGAUAUAUAUAUAUAUAUGUACGUUUAUAUUUUUUAAACAGCGCGCACAAAUCACAGAUCCGUUAAAUACCAUGAAACGUGCUUAAAUAACGAUGUCCGCGAUUAAGUCGACGGUGUUAGACGCGAUAUAUGGUAUAGCUAGUCUAUUGAAAUUAUGUUACCAUUCAAGAGGAAACUGUGAAAGAAUCGGUAAAAUUUCUCAGACAAACCGAUCUUUUCGUACGAUGAUUAUAUAAAAGGCAAGCUAAAAACAGAUCCCUUAUGGUCGUAACUAAACUAACUAAAUUAUUAUUAUUAUUAUUAUUAUUAUUAUUAUUAUUAUUAUUAUUAUUAACGAAUCGAUAUUAUAAACGAAUUAAAGGAUUCACACGAUGCUCGAAUAUCAGCUCUUUCUUUCAAAUUUAUCGUUUCUAUCACAUAACGCAGCUGCAUGGAAGUAAAUUAUAAUUUAACGGACUUGAAUGGGUCAUUCGUCGUUAAAUCGUUGAAACGAACGAUUUGCUUGUACAGAAAUAUUUGUUUCUACACAAAUAUUUGUACAGAAAUAUUGGUUAAAAACGUAUACUUUGGUAAUAUACUAAUUCUAUUUUGUCGUAAUAUGUAUUUUUAUACAUAUUAUAACAUAAACCUAUUAAACUCUUUGCCUUAUCGCAUUUUAAGUCACGCUCGAUCCAAUUCAUACUUUUAAUCUCGAAUGCGUUGCCGUUUGUACUUACUAAUUACCGACGCAUCAACCGAUUAUUUCCACGAGUUAUUAAUUAAUUAAUAAUUAACGAUAAAUGUAUUUAUUUUCGAUAAAACUGUACGUUAUUACAUCGCUGUCUUUAUCACUGAUACAUUGUGUCUUCUUUACUCAAAACGAACGAAUUUCGAUGAGAAAUCGAUCAAAUAGAAGAUUAACUUUUUGAUUUUACGCGCAAAGAAGGCUAACCGCGGAUUAUAUCUGUAUAUGUAUAACGUUUCGAUAUUAUAGCAGCGAAUAGGCGACGCUCGCGUAACUAGCUACUAAGAAAUCGUAAGGCAAGGGGUUAAAUAAGAAAAAAAUACGGAUUAAAUAAAAGUUUAAUCAGAGCAACGUACGAAAUACGAAAAUUUUGUUGCCUGCGAACCAAGUAUAUAUUUAGAUAUGAAAAUUCGCAGAUUUUCAUCGAGCACGUGCCGCUAUAACGUUUUCCUUUCGAAGCAAUAGUGGCGAGAUUUGCGUGCGCAAAAAUGAAAUUACGUAAGCUACGUAGGUCUACGUUCUUUCUUUUGUAAAUAUAGAAUUUUGUACCAGCUGCCAGAACAGCCGAUCCUUAGGGAUGAUUUUACGAAUCAUCGAUACCAGUAAAUCCGUUAAUCGGUAAUCCGUAUCUAAAAAAUGGUACACAGCGUGCGGAGUACGAAGGGGCACCGGUUGUCUCGCAGAAACGAUACGAAAGACGAAAUAUGCGUACGUAAUAAAUAUGGUUCUUCCAAUAAA